UCCCGUCGCCCCCCACCCAAUUUCCUAAUCCAUGGACGCCAAGCCCGGCGCGCCCGUCCACGAGCCGCUGCUCGCGGCGGCGCGGCCCGGCAAGGACGCGGCCGCGGCGGCGGACGACGAUGGGGCGCGUCAGGGCCUCGCCGCGGCGGAGGUGAAGCGGCUGGUGCGGCUCGGCGGGCCGAUCAUCGCCAGCUGCAUCCUCCAGAACGUCGUCAACAUGGUGUCCGUCAUGGUCGUCGGCCACCUCGGCGAGCUGCCCCUCGCCGGCGCCUCCCUCGCCACCUCCCUCGCCAACGUCACCGGCUACAGCCUCCUGACCGGCAUGGCGACGGCGAUGGAUACGCUCUGCGGCCAGGCCUACGGCGCGCGGCUGUACCACCGGCUCGGCGUCUACAAGCAGCGCGCCAUGGUGGUGCUCUCGCUCGCCUGCGUCCCCAUCAUCCUCAUCUGGGCCAACACCGCCAGGAUCCUCGUCUUCCUCGGCCAGGACCCGGCCAUAUCGGCCGUGGCCGGCGAGUACGCGCGGUGGAUGAUCCCGUCGCUCGUCGUCUACGUGCCUCUGCAGUGCCACAUACGGUUCCUGCAGUCGCAGAGCAUCGUCCUGCCCGUGACGGCCAGCUCCGGCACCACGGCGCUCUGCCACCCGCUCGUGUGCUGGCUGCUGGUGUACAAGGCCGGCCUGGGGAGCAAGGGCGCCGCGCUCAGCAACGCCGUCUCCUACGGCAUCAAUCUGGUCAUACUGGCUCUGUACGUCAGGCUGUCCAGCACCUGCAAGAACACCUGGAGCGGCUUCUCCCGGGAGGCGUUCAGGGAGCUGCGCCAGUUCACCGCGCUCGCCAUGCCGUCCGCCAUGAUGAUCUGCUUGGAGUGGUGGUCAUUUGAAAUCCUUGUGCUUCUCUCUGGGCUUCUGCCCAAUCCUCAGCUUGAGACAUCAGUGCUGUCAAUAUGCCUUAACACAGGGGCACUGCUGUACAUGGUACCACUUGGCCUUUCCUCUUCUAUCAGCACGCGCGUCUCAAACGAACUUGGCGCCGGCCACCCAGAAGCAGCAAAGCUAGCGACGCGAGUGGUCAUGUACAUGGCCUUAUCUGUAGGAUUGGUGUUAGCCCUGACCAUGGUCUUGCUACGGAAUGUUUGGGGGUACCUGUACAGCAAUGAGCAGGAAAUCGUCACAUACAUUUCAAGGAUGCUGCCCAUUCUCGGAAUAUCUUACUUGAUAGAUGGACUCCACAGUUCUCUUUCAGGAGUGCUUACGGGCAGUGGCAAGCAGAACAUCGGCGCAGCCGUGAAUCUCGGUGCGUUCUACCUGCUAGGCAUUCCCUUGGCUGCGAUGCUUGCAUUUGUCUUCCACCUAAACGGAAUGGGUCUCUGGCUUGGCAUCGUUUCCGGCAGCUUCACCAAACUGGUGCUGCUAACAUUUAUCGCGUGGUGCAUAGAUUGGGAAAAGGAGUUAAAUAUAGCAGACCUACCAAUCACUAGGAGCAGUUUCAUUGUUACAGUUUAGUCUGAAGACAGGACAAUCUAAUGUGUUUUCUUGUUCAUCCGAUUCAGGCACUAAAGGCACAGGACAGGGUCUUGGGUUCAGCUCGCCUACUUCCAGUAUCGUAGCAACGUGAAGCAUCGCGUGGAUACACCAUAGCACUCGCGCGUUGAUGAGGCAUUCAGCAAGGAAGACAUAUGGUCCUCGGAUGUAAAACAGAGCAGCCUCAAACAUGAGAUCAGCAGGCAGAGGCAUGAUCCAGACAUUUUGGCAGUUGUAUGUUUGGUCGGAUUCAUUCUUGCGGUAAGUGUGUAACUGAGCUCUUGCUAUAGGAGACAGUGUGUGGGUAAGCAAUGCGCAGCGAAACCAUUGUAAUCUCCACCCAAUGCUAUACAAUGAUGUUUGUUGUGUGGCAUGUUGAGAUGCAUAUAUCCAGUAAGCAGCUUGGGGGGCGUCUGGAACACAUAGCAACUGAAACUGUAUAUGAUUAAUUUGAAGCACUUGAUCAGUUGCAAGCUA